AUGAGCCUACGGUUGGACGCGGCUGGAUCGGAUCAGAAACGAAGACGUUCGAAUGGCUACAAGAGCCCAAGUUCAGCUGAAGAUGAGAGAGCUGCGCUAGCGAUGCUUCGGGCAUGUACUGAGAAGACAACAGAGUCAUCGGACAAGGGAGGAAAUGGAUUCGAAGCUGAGGGUAAGCAACCACGAGGAGCCCAAAAAAACGGGUUUCGCCGAAGCUGA